UCCGCAGCAACAGGGAAAAGAUGGCGGCCCUCGCGACCCUCACUCAGCUGUCAAGCGGGAACCCUGUAUAUGAGAACUUUUACAGACAGGUGGACCCGGGAAACACCGGGAGGGUUGGACCUACAGAGGCUGCCUUGUUUUUGAAGAAAUCAGGCCUGCCUGACAUCACAUUAGGAAAGAUCUGGGAUUUAGCUGAUCCGGAUGGCAAAGGUUUUUUGGAUAAACAGGGAUUCUACGUUGCUCUGCGACUUGUGGCCUGUGCGCAGAGUGGACACGACAUCAGCCUUUCCUGUCUAAACCUCCCUGUUCCCCCUCCAAAAUUCAAGGACCACAGUAGCCCGUCACUGAGUUCUGUAACAUCAACCAAUGAGAGCCUCUGGGCGGUGCGGCCUGAAGAGAAGAGCAAAUUUGAUGGUAUUUUUGAAAGUCUUGCCCCAGUGAACGGAUUACUGUCUGGUGAGAAGGUCAAACCAGUACUAAUAAACUCCAAACUUCCUGUGGAUGUGCUCGGAAAGGUGUGGGAUUUGAGUGACAUAGACAAAGACGGACACUUGGACAAAGAUGAGUUUGCAGUGGCUAUGCAUCUGGUGUACCGCGCCCUGGAAAAGGAGCCUGUGCCCUCAGUCCUGCCCUCCUCUCUCAUCCCUCCAUCCAAAAGGAAGAAGUCAUCAGGGUCCUUGUCCAGCAUGGUGCCAGUGUUACCAGGCAGCCCGCCGCCACCUAAAGACAGCCUGCGCUCGACCCCCUCUCACGGCAGCAUGAAUUCCCUGAACAGCGCCGGGAGUUUGUCCCCAAAAUACACCAUUAAAUCCUCACAGGUACUGUUUUAUUGCAAUAUUAUUGUCCCUCAUUUGAAGUGCUUCCUGUUUUUUCAGAGUUUGUCGGGUUAUAUGACACCAGUAGGCUCUGACAUGGCCGCGCUCACUGAGAUGCGCCGGGCAAUAAUGUUCAAGUUGUGGGACAGCUCCAGCUCUGUGGGUUCAGGCGAGUUCACCGGGAUUAAAGAACUGGACGAUAUAAGUCAAGAGAUCGCUCACCUGCAGAGCACUCUUGCUUUCACACACUGGGAUACACUCAGAGAGAAAUACACUUUGGAACAAGACAUCAGAGAAGCGGAGGAGGCGAUCAGACACAAGACCACAGAGGUUCAGGAGAUGCAGAACGAUCUGGACCGAGAGACCUCUACCCUCCAGGAGCUUGAGGCACAGAAGCAGGAUGCUCAGGACCGGCUGGAGGAAAUGGACCAGCAGAAGGCAAAGCUGGAAGACAUGCUUAAUGACGUACGGCAGAAGUGCCAGGAAGAGUCACAAAUGAUCUCAUCCCUACAGUCCCAGAUCCACUCGCAGGAGUCGGACCUGCAGAGCCAAGAGGAAGAGCUGGGCCGGGCCAAGGCUGACCUGAACCGUCUGCAGCAGGAGGAAGCUCAACUAGAGCAGAGUCUACAAGCUGGCAGGAUUCAGCUAGAAACCAUCAUAAAGUCCCUCAGAGCCACACAGGACGAGAUCAACCAGGCUCGGAGUAAACUCUCCCAGAUCCAGGACAGCCAACACGAGAUCAGCAAGAGCAUCGAGCAGUACAGCAGCACUCUGAACGGAACCCACGGCGGCAGCAUGACCAACCUGGCCGACAUGAGCGAAGGCUUUCCAGAGAAGGAGAAUGGCGGUUUCGGAGCUAUGGAAGACCCUUUCAAGGUGAAAACCACUGUGUUCAACAGCGCCCCGCAGGAGAUGCACACGGACCCCUUCCAAUCUGAAGACCCAUUUAAAACAGACCCAUUCAAAAGCGAUCCAUUCCAGAAUGACCCUUUCUCAAAGCAGACCUCCACAGUUGCAGAUCCUUUCGGCGGAGACCCUUUCAAAGAGGCCGACCCAUUUAGGAACUCUUCUGAAGAUUUCUUUAAGAAACCCUCGAAGCCAGACCCCUUCAGCAACGCUGAUCCUUUUAGCAAAAGUGCCACACUUCCCUCAAAGAGUCAUCAUUUCUCAAGUAAUGACCCCUUCAGCUCUACCAGCCCCAAACCAAAAGGCCAAGAUUUCUUCGGUACUUUGGACCCAUUCGGAAGCAGUUCGUUCGGCAGCAGCAGCGGAUUUGCAGACUUCAGCCAAAUGUCAAAGGGCUUUGUAGACGACCCCUUCAGCCGAAAACAAGACAUGCCAGCUCUCCCACCCAAGAAAAGCAUUCCACCGCGACCCAAACCACCCAGUGGUAAAAGCACUCCAGUAAACGUGCCUGGAUCUGCCGAUUCGACCAAGACGAGCGAUCCUUUCCAGCCCUUCAGUGCCGACCCUGCUGAUCCGUUUCAGAGUAAAAAGGGGGUGGGAGAUCCAUUUAGUGGCAAAGACCCGUUUGCUCCAUCUGCCUCAAGUAAAGCCUCUAAAGACUCUUCAUUGGGUUUUGCAGACUUCAGCUCUUUUGGGAAUGAAGCCCAGCAGAUGGAGUGGGCGAAGCGGGAAAGCGAGAGAGCGGAACGGGAACGGCUGAAGAGACUCCGUCAGCAGGAGCAGGAAGACCUGGAACUGGCCAUCGCUCUCAGCAAGGCCGAGAUGUCCCAUGCAUGACCGCCUUCCCUUCACAUCCACCCUUGUGUACACUACAGCAACGAUUGUGUGCGUGUGUGAUGGACCAAGAUAAAACACAUGCAAGACCGUUAAACCUCUGUCCUUUUGUGUUCGUGUGCAGGAGUGCGGCCUAUGGUUUGUGAUUCAGCUAAUUCACUCGACAUGCAC